CAUUCACGUUUCGUUCUCAUUCGAGUGCCGAUCGUGUGACAUGGCGAACGCGUGUUUACGGACUAGUGGGCUUUUUAUAUUGUUUCUUAUAACAAACACGCUCGCAACGCCAUGGUUAGCUAACGUUAAAGUGGCACAGAAUGCGUGCGACAAUACAAAAUGUGAUUACAACAUAACAGUGAGUGGUAAAGGUAGCUUAUGGUCGAUAACCUCGGCCGGUUGUCGCGAUGCGGUUUACACAGAUAAAGUGGGUGGUAGUGCUAGCGUGAGGCUCGACCGGUUGAAGAAAUGGUAUUUUUGUGCCUUAACCGAGGAUGGCAGCCAGUGGAUACCACAAGACUUCGUUUUGGUGGGCGGUGACGUCAUCUACAACGAACGCUCAUCAGAGAACGAGAUCGAAGACUCACCAUACGAUGAGCUGGAGGACUUGUACACCGACGAGGCCAAAAGUUUCUCGUACCACCGCGACCUGGCGGUCAACAGUUAUGGCGGCGAGGCCGACGAGGCCGCCGUCGAGACCUUCGCCUACGUCAACCCGGCCGACAGGCCUCGGCUCCCGCGGCAGGUUGCAGACAGUGCUGCAGACCAUCACCGUGAGAGAAGGCAAGCGGAUGCAGCCGCCAAUGCAGAAGUGACAGAGAAGUCAGAAGGAACAGAGAACCCAGAAGCCAGUGAGAAGGGCACAGAGAACAACACAAAUCUGGCACCUAGCAACAGCCCCGCUUUAAGCACGAACGGGAACGUCAGGCUCCGAGUUAUGGGUCUAAGAGUGGAGGCGACGGUGAAGGAACCCAAGCUGGUAGAUGAGAUGAUACCCUCAGUGCUGCGCGAGACUGACUUCGAGCUGCGACUGUUUGGAGAGGGCUUCACCAACGACACGGUCAUAGCGUUCACUCACGUGGCCGAGGACUAUGGGACUACUUGCCACUUCCGCCUGCCCUAUGGAGAGUUCAAGAUACAAGAGAUGCAAGAGGACUCCGCCCUCUUCAAGGUGACAGCACCGCCGCCUGAUCAAGGCUACCUCUUCUACAUCUGCGCCAAGAGUUCCCCUUCUGAAGACUUCAAACACCAGGGCCAGGAGAGGUGGAAGAUCCUAGCUACUCACAACAAGCUGCUGCCACUGUGGGCUUCCCUGAUCCUCAUCGUUAUACUUCUGAUGCUAGCUUCUCUGUUCUCUGGAUUGAACCUGGGACUGAUGGCCUUGGAUAGGACUGAACUGAAGAUUAUAGCCAAUACAGGAACAGAGAAAGAGAGGAAGUACGCGCGAGCCAUCAUGCCGGUCCGCGCUCACGGCAACUACCUCCUCUGCACCAUCCUCCUCAGCAACGUUGCCGUCAACAGCACCUUCACCGUCAUCUUGGACGACCUGACGUCGGGCCUGGUGGCCGUCAUCGGGUCGACGCUGGCCAUCGUGUUCAUAGCGGAGAUCACUCCCCAGGCGAUAUGCGCCCGGCACGGCUUGCUCAUUGGUGCCAAGAGUAUCUGGAUUAUGAAGAUCGUGAUGGGAAUAUGCGCGCCGCUGGCGUGGCCGACCAGCAAACUGUUGGACUACUUCCUCGGCGAGGAGAUCGGCACGCACUACAACAGGGAGAGGCUGAAGGAGCUCGUCAAGAUCACCAACCACGUGAACGACCUGGAGAAGGAGGAGGUGAACAUCAUCUCGGGAGCCCUGGACCUUCACAAGAAGACGGUGAAGGAUGUGAUGACCAAGCUGAAGGACUGUUACAUGCUGCCCAUCGACAGCGUGCUCGACUUCGAGACCAUGACGGAGAUCGUCAAGUCGGGCUACUCCCGCAUUCCCGUAUACGAGGGUCACCGCGGCAACAUCGUGACGGUGCUCUUCAUCAAGGACCUGGCCUUCGUGGACCCGGACGACAACACCCCCCUGCGUACCCUGUGCCAGUACUACCAGAACGCCGUCAACUUCGUCUUCGAGGACGUCACUCUGGAUGUCAUGCUUAAGCAGUUCAAGGAUGGCCACAAGGGGCACAUGGCGUUCGCGCAGCGCAUCGAGGAGGGUGACGGCGACCCCGUGUACGAGACCGUGGGGCUCAUCACACUGGAGGACGUCAUCGAGGAGAUGAUCCAGGCGGAGAUCGUGGACGAGAGUGACGUCAUCAGCGACAAUCGCACCAAGAAGCGGCUGAUGCGACCCAUGAACAAGUUACACGACAUCGCGGCGUUCGCGGGCCACCAGCACCAGCGCGUGCACGUCUCGCCGCAGCUCAUCCUCGCCACCUUCCAGUUCCUCAGCACCAGCGUGGACCCGUUCCGUUCGGACAUGAUAUCGGAGACGGUGCUGCGUCGUCUGCUCAAGCAGGACGUCAUCCAGCACAUCAAGGACCGCGCCGACAAGGACAAGAACGACCCCAAGAGAUACGUCUUCCAAGAGGGGAAACCGGUGGACUACUUCGUGCUUAUUCUGGAAGGUCGUGUGGAGGUGACGGUGGGGCGCGAGAACCUGGUCUUCGAAGCCGGACCCUUCACCUACUUCGGUGUGCAGGCGCUCACGCAGAAUGUUGGAUUAGCGGAGACGCCGGCGCCGUCGACCCUGGGCUCGCUGCAGAACCUGAACAUGGACUCCAUGCUGCGCCACACCUUCGUGCCGGACUACUCCGUCAGGGCCAUCGCUGAGGUGUACUACCUCACCAUCAAGAGGUCCAUGUAUCUGGCUGCCAAGCGCGCCACGCUGAUGGAGAAGGGGGUCCUCACCAAGGGGGGCACCAAUGAGCAGAUCGAGCCAGAGGUUGACAAGUUGCUCCGUGAAGGCGAUCGUCUGGACGACAUCAUAGAAAACCAGAUACAGAAGACUCCGCCCAAACAGCUUUUGCCUGUAUCUGCCAGCCCCAUAACAAACUCUACCUUCAAGUCGUACGACAAAGAUGAACCCAACUCGGAAGAAGAAAAGCUUCUGAACCCGUAACUACCAAAUUGGUAGAAAACAAUCAGGCAACACCGUCUGAUAAGCUACCAAUAUGACAAUUUUAAAAUUCAUAAUAUCAUGGAACAAAAUUGCUAGAAUUACAUAAUUAACGAAGGCCAUGGCCCAUUCUCUAUAGAUUGUUUGCCCCAGAAAAAGAAUUCAUGUUUCAAGAUUAAACUUUUAGUUUUGGAUUAUUUUUCUGUUUUGAUAACUUAAUAAAUUUUAUUUUUGACUUUACAUAGCGGGGUUAUUGCAUAUAUAGUAUCAUAACAUCUCACAUAACCUAAAUAAAUAGAAGGUAGAAAUUUGAAUUAUAUUAAAACCCUGCUAUUUCCUAGAUUUCUGUUUAUAUUAGAUAAAAUAAUAAAUGUAAGGUAAUUAUUAUAAAUUAUUAAAUUUUGAAUUAGAAAAUUAAAUAGUAAAUAAAUUAUUACAUUUACGAGUAUAUAAUUCUCUUUUUCCAUUUCAUCUGGGGCAAUUUUGGACCAUCUCCUUAGUAGAAAGCCGAAAGCCACACUAUCUGAAAUAAAAAACAAUAUCUAUACACACCAAAACAUCUUAACCGAUUUUUAUGAAAUUCGGUAUAGAGAUAAUUUGAACAGACCUACUUUUAAUAAAAAAAAAAGAAACCCAUGUUUUUUUAUUCAUGGUAAAUUAAAUUUUACGUGAAUUGAAUCGCGGGCUUUUGUUAAUAUAAAAUCCAUUAAUAUUAUGAAAUUGUCCAUGAUAUAUAAUAUUCUAGAUAUGUAUCUACCGAAUUAUAAAAGCCACUGUCCCAAAAAAAAAGCUACCAUUAUGACAAUUUUGCGGUGAAUGCUUAAUUUUAAAGUAGACAUUUCAGUUUUUUUUUUAAAUUUAAAAUAAGAUUUUAAAAAUCACUAUUACGUAAGUUUUCUUUAUAUUAAUAGUAUUUAAUAUGGCAUUUGCGUUAACAAUUAAAAUGAAUAGCUUUAGUUUAGUUUUUAGAUGAAACUGCAGUACUUACUUUGCGUUUUUUUUUUAAUUAUGUGAAAGUUAGCUUGCACUUUUUAUUGUAAUGUUCAGUAAUUAAAUAUGGCGGCAUUUUUUAGAAAUAUUGUAUCCAGGAAAACUGUAAAUCAUCACAACUAUUAUAAUUUUUUCGAUUCCAAACUAGUCAAUUGAAAACAAAAAUUGCUCCGUUUUUUAUACUUAUUUUUUAUUAUUAUUAAACAAGAACAAGAAUAAUCUGUAAUAUUAGUGAUUUUAUCCAAUUUUAGUAAACAUAUUUAUCAUUUUAGAGUUUAAACUAAAAUUUUAGUUUGGAUCGUGCCGCGGUGCAGGAACCGGCUCAUGACUAAGGGCCCCGUAUGGGUUCGAAACUAGUCGGGCAUACUUCGACCUAAUAUCACGUGAGUUUUAGCCGUGUUUCAUAAUCAAUUAAUAUUUAUCAUUUUUGAAACAAUUAAAUGUAUUUUUAUAGAUGCCUGCCUCAGCGACAUAUCUUGAAAUUAGAGUAAUAUUGUUAAAAGAAUUUUAAAACCAUAGUAAUGUACAUACCAGUGGCGAAGCGUGGAAUAUUGAUGAUGGUAAGCCGUCCCAAAGAAAAGGAAAAUUCAUAAUUCAUCGUGAUAUAAACCGGUUUAUCAUAUAUCCAUACAUAUCUAUACUAAUAUUAUAAAGCUGAAGAGUUUGUUUGUUUGAACGCGCUAAUCUCAGGAACUACUGGUCCGAUUUGAAAAAUUCUUUCAGUGUUAGAUAGCCCAUUUAUCGAGGAAGGCUAUAGGCUAUAUUUUAUUCUCCUAUUCCUAUAGAAACGGGAACCACGCGGGUAUAACCGCGCGGCAUCUACUAGUGUGUUUCUAUUCAUUACAACAACGAAUAUGUACAGAAUUUCAAAAGGUAACCCGGUGGGAAUCGGUUCGCUUGGACUCUUCGCCGCUGGUACAUACGCACAAACCGAUGAGAAAAAAUGUCGUCGAAAAUGUUUCGUGCUAUUUUGUAAUGUGCUUUUUUGAUGCCGCCUUCAUAUUCUCGUACUCACGACGCGAAAUAUAAAAAAAACAUUUGAACAAGAAAAUGUGAAGCCGAUGAAACCCAUAAAAAACAAAUGUCACGCGUAUCCUUGACAUCCGCAUAUACAAUUUUUUUUUUAUAAUUUGAACACUAACAACAAUUACAUAAAUUAAUAUCAUAUUAGACCAAUGAUUAAUAUUUACCUACUUAACACGUUCGCUGCGGUACGAGGUCAAUUGACCUCGUACGUUCAGCGUCUUUAAAGGUUACGAGGUCGAUGGACCUCGUACUACACCACGAAAGUACAGAAAAAUCAGUGCCGCAGCGAACGAGUUAAAACAAAAAUACUCCGUAUUGUUUCUUUAGUUUUUGUAAACAGUUUUUAAAAUAUUUAUGUAUGUUUUUAUGUGAAUUAUAAAUGAUACGAGAAUAUGAAGCGGCCUUUAUAAAUGUCGUGGGUGUUAGUUAAUUAAAUAUAUUGUUAAUAAUUCCACAUCUUUGUGUGCGUAAAUACGUAAAUUAUAUACAUACAAAUUACACGUACAUACGUCCAUUUAAUCACAAAAUAUAUAAAUACUGUUUUAGAUAAAAAAAAAUCAAUCAAUUUUUGCAUUUUAUUAAAUUUAAAUUUUUUAAUAGAUACUGUUAAAACAAGUAAGUUAAAAAUAUUUUUUAUACAUUUUUUUGUUAUUUUUUUCAUUUGGAUUACGUUGUCCAAAUCGUGCCUUAUUACAAUUUAAAAAUGAAAAACCGGUGCUGUUUUUACCCAAAGUAAUUUUAAAAGAUAAUGACCAAUACAAUGUUUUUUAUAUUAUAAUAAUAUACAUAGUUAGAAUAAAUGAAAGUCCAAACAUUAACCUGUGUCUGCCUUUUUUUAAAUAUUCUGUAAUAAAUAUUCUUAUAUAAGAAUACCUAUCAUACAAAAUUAGUGUCUAUUUAAAAAACUUACAUUAUGUACUUUUUAAAAUGUUAGCACAGUUUGUUUAUUAAUUCGGUAUAAUUCUGACAUUUCUAAUUCCGGUUCCAUUUGUAUUGUUAAAUUUUAUAGAAUCGAAAAUAACAUCGCAAUUCGUAUUUCAGUUUAUUAAAAAGGUUUGUGAAAUCUGCUGUCUUCCCUGGUCUGUAUGUUUCUAUCGAAGUUGAUAUUUUGAUUUAUAUAUUGAUUUAUAAAUUAAUAGAAACAUAAGCCUGUAAACAAUUAAUUUUUAGUUGAACUUAACAUCUUUUUUUAUGGGAACUGUUUUACAUAUAGAAACACCGGAAACGAAAAUAGAAAUGUCAGAAUUUUACGGAAUAAAUGAAUGGACUAUAGGUUUUAAUUUUAUUUUAUUAUAAUAUAGCAACACUAAGAUGAAAGAUUUGUUAAUUUAUCAAUUGCAUAUUGACUUGGAAAAAUAUUAAACCAAUGAGAUGUAUUAUGUCUAGAAAUCGUAAUGUUAUUCGUUGCAAUCUCCUUUGUUAGAAUUUCAAUAGUUUUAAUGAAAUCUAUGAAGUCUUGGAUUCCAUUUCCCCUAAUUACCCACUCUUAGCACUGGCUAACUGUUAGUUGGAUAAGGGAUAUUUUGUUAAAUAAUAUUUGCCAUGUCUUAAAUAUGUCCAAUAUUUCCAACUAAUUGUAACACAUUCGAGGUCAAUUGACCUCGUACGUCUAGCGUCUUCAAGAGGUCGAUGGACCUCGUACCGGACCACAUAAAGUACUAGUAUGAGGAAUAUUUGCCAUGUCUUAAAUAUGUCCAAUAUUUCCAACUAAUUGUAACACAUUCGAGGUCAAUUGACCUCGUACGUCUAGUGUCUUCAAGAGGUCGAUGGACCUCGUACCGGACCACAUAAAGUUCUAGUAUGAGGAAUAUUUGCCAUGUCUUAAAUAUGUCCAAUAUUUCCAACUAAUUGUAACACAUUCGAGGUCAAUUGACCUCGUACGUCUAGCGUCUUCAAGAGGUCGAUGGACCUCGUACCGGACCACAUAAAGUUCUAGUAUGAGGAAUAUUUGCCAUGUCUUAAAUAUGUCCAAUAUUUCCAACUAAUUGUAACACAUUCGAGGUCAAUUGACCUCGUACGUCUAGCGUCUUCAAGAGGUCGAUGGACCUCGUACCGGACCACAUAAAGUUCUAGUAUGAGGUCAAAAAAAACCUCGUAUCGAGGUACCAAAGAACGUGAACGACAAUAGUCUAGUUGAGCUUAUUGAAGCUUCAUAUAUGAGCUAUAUAGGCCAUAUUUAAAAUACCAGGAGAACUGAUUGACGUUUUUAUGUAGGUAUUUGAGGUAAGCUAAAAAAAUUUCUUGUACAUCUGUCAACUGGAGCCUGGCUCGGUAUUAGUAAGACUAUUUUUUUUUUCAAUAAAAUAUCCUUGAACGAAUCUAAAUUUUAUAUAAUUUGUAUAUUUAAAAAGUAAAAAUUUAUUUAGCCAAAUUAUUUUGUAGAAUAUCUAUAUUUAAUACAUCUCACUGGUUUAAAUGUAAGCAUUAUUAAAAUAAAUGUAAGUAUUUUUUUUCUGUCAAACAGUAUGAAUGUAUUGUCAGUUGUCACUAUUUUUUUUUAUAUAUUAGUAUUGGACUGCCUGCAAUGGCCAGACAUACCUACUUUAAUUUAAAUAAAGGGGUGUUGAUUUUCAUCCUACUCCUAACAAGUUAGCCCGCUUCCAUCUUAGAUUGCAUCAUCACUUACCAUCAGGUGAGAUUGCAGUCAAGGGCUAACUUGUAAAUUAUAAAAUAAAUGAAAUAAAUAAAAAAAAGUGACAACUUGAAUCAUCGUGAAAAUGAUGUAAAAGUCCGUUGUUUUGUAAUAUUAUAUAUUUCGUGUCGAAUGUUUUUAAGUGAAUUGUAAAAAUAUUUAAUCGUUUUUUUUUAUUAUUAAAUUAAAACUUUAUCGUACAAAAUAUAAUCUUUUUAAAACCAUAUUUUAUUAUAAUGAAUUUUAUAUUGUACUGUUUUACAAUGUCAUAUUUUAUGAAAAUAAAUAUUAUGUAUGGUGCAAA